CACCCUGCAAGUGAUGGUGUCGCACUUCACGUCAUAGGCUGAGGACCUCCAACUCCCAAACAGUGAGUAACUCAAACCAGUUUGACAAUAAACUUUUCCACUGGGAUAACAAACAGGGAGACGGCACAGAGGAGAUCAGCCACCAAGCAUGACCCAGAUGAUCAUUUUCUGUUAAGGCUCCCUCAGUCAAAACCCAGCAACAAUGCACCACCGUUCUGGAAGUUGCCAAGCCACAAACUGCAUUGAUUACCAGAGCUGAGGUUUACUGCAAAUCAACAGAACACGUUUAUUUCAAGCUUAAGCUUGAUUAGUGUGUUGACAGUAUUACUUUGAUACACUAAAACCAGAUUAAACAGGAAUCUGUUGGCUCAAAUUACUGGAAAUUUCCCUGUUAGAGUGUAAGCACACUUGUAUGUUAUAUUCUGGGUUCUGGGGUCAUUACUAGAAAAGUGCUCAACCAUGGCCACCGUCAUCAUGGAGAUGGCAGACAUUGCAGUUGUAGUAAUCUACUUUAUCCUGGUGUUAGCAAUUGGUUUAUUUGCCACGUGGAAAGCCAAUAAGAGCACAGUGAGCGGCUACUUCCUUGCUGGUCGCUCCAUGAACUGGGCGGCUGUUGGAGCAUCUCUAUUCGUCAGCAACAUAGGAAGUGAGCAUUUCAUUGGACUAGCUGGAUCAGGUGCUGCUGGCGGGUUAAGCGUGGCUGCAUGGGAAUUAAAUGCUCUAUUUCUGCUCCAGUUGUUAGGCUGGAUUUUUAUCCCAGUGUAUAUUCACUCCGGAGUCUACACCAUGCCAGAGUACCUGUCCAAACGGUUUGGAGGUUACCGACUGAAAGUGUAUUUUGCAGUGUUAUCUCUUGUUGUGUACAUGUUCACCAAGCUGUCUGUGGAUCUCUAUGCCGGAGCGUUGUUCAUUCAGGAAUCAUUAGGGUGGAACCUCUAUCUGUCAAUCAUCAUCCUCAUCACCAUGACAGCUGUGCUGACGGUCACUGGAGGUCUGGUCGCUGUCAUCUACACGGAUACGAUUCAGGCAUUUGUCAUGAUCACCGGAGCACUCUGCCUAACAGGCAUCAGCCUCUUCAAAGUGGGAGGACUUGAAGGAGUUUGGACCAAGUACAUGCAGGCUACUCCAAACAUCACUGCCAUCUUGCUGUCUUCACCCAACCUGACGUAUUCUGAAUCCUGCUACCUUCACCUCCACCCAAAGCCAGAUGCCCUGAAGAUACUACGAGGACCGAGGGAUCCACACCUGCCUUGGCCCGGUUUCUUAUUGGGCCAGACUUUUGCCUCGAUGUGCUACUGGUGCGCAGAUCAAGUGAUUGUACAGCGGGUUCUGGCAGCGAAGAACAUCGCCCACUCUAAGGGCUCUACCCUUAUGGCUGGCUGUCUGAAAAUCCUCCCAACGUUCAUCAUUGUCAUCCCAGGGAUGAUUUCCAGGAUCUUCUUUGCUGAUGAGUUAGUGUGUAUCAGUCCUGAGCACUGCAUGGAAGUGUGCGGUUCUGCAGCCGGAUGUAGCAACGUGGCUUACCCACGGCUCGUCAUGUCAGUGAUGCCUGUUGGUCUCCGCGGCCUGAUGAUGGCUGUCAUGAUCGCAGCUCUAAUGAGCGACUUGGACUCCAUCUUCAAUUCAGCGAGCACCAUAUUCACGCUGGAUAUUUACAAGAUGCUACGGAAGAAGGCUUCAUCCAGGGAGCUGGUGAUAGUCGGCAGGUUGUUUGUGGUUGUCAUGGUGAUCAUCAGCAUUGCCUGGGUGCCGGUCAUUAUUGAAAUGCAGGGAGGCCAGGUGUUCUAUUACAUCCAAGAAGUAAUAGAUUACCUGACUCCACCCAUAGCUGCUCUCUUUUUGAUUGCUGUCCUGUGGCAUCGUUGCAAUGAGACAGGUGCCUUUUGGGGAGGCUUGGUAGGAUCUGCCAUUGGAGUCAUACGACUGAUUUUGGCAUUUGUUUACCGCGAGCCUCCCUGCAACCAGCCCGAUGAGCGGCCGUCUUUCAUCAAAGAUGUUCAUUUCAUGUAUGUGGCAACCGUCUUGUUUUGGGUGUCAGCUUUGGUGACUGUUGUUGUGAGUCUCUGCACUCCUCCGCCCAGGAAAGAGCAGAUCAAAACCACAACUCUGUGGGGGUUAAACAAGAGAAAGAGGCUAAAAGAGCAAGAAAAAGAGAAAGCUGGAGGAGAUGUCCAUGCUUUGAAGCCUCUGAACCACGAGAUCCUUAAUGUAAAGAGUUUGCCUGGCAAAGACGAGCAUCAUAACCAAGAAAAAAUGCUCUAUGGCAUUGAGGCUCGUCAUGAAAAUGCUAAACCAAGCACUGGUCAUGAAACACACCUUCCAAUACAGAAUCCUGGUACCCCAACAGUUUCUGAUCCUAAAAUGCUAGAAGAGGGUGAAGGGAUAGAAGUGAAGGAUGAGGAAGAUGAAGGUUAUGCUGGAGGAGGAGGAGGAGGAGGAGGAGGAAGAGGAGGAGUGGAGGGUGGGAGGUGUAUGAAGGCUUUCACGUGUUUCUGCGGCUUCCGGCAUAAGCCAUCCAGAGCUCAGGUUAUUAAAGUCCAGGAACAGGAAAGGACCGUGGAUGAGCUUCUCUAUGAACCUCCAAAAACCAGAAUCAUCCUGAACAUAGGACUGGUGCUAAUUUGCUCAGCUGACAUCUUUCUCCUUAUCUAUUUCUCUGUAUAGGCUUGUUUAGUUCCAAGCAGUGGGACACAUUUGUCAUCAUACUAGAAGCAGGAAUGUUCUGCAAAUCAAGCUAAGUUCACACUACACGACUCAAAGUCAUCUGAUUACUGUAUCAUGGACACUACACAACUGUUGCUGGGUGGUACUUGCCACGUCAAUGCUCCAUCCAUAAAAUUGGGGUUGCAUGCAACAUUUUCAGAGUAAAAAAAAAGCUGGAGUGUUUGGAGUCUCUGUCACAAUCGAUUCAAUUUUUAAAAACAUGGGGUUUGUACAUUAAGUCCUUGUUAAGAGUGAUUAUUCUCUCUUGACCAAUCAGAAGCCUGCAGUGUCUGCAGCUCCACCUUAUAGUACUGAAUCAGUGUGCUAGGUAGACACAGUAGGGGGGUGACAAAAAAUGGGACAGAAUGGAACAUUUCUGUUGGUACCAUCCACAACUUUUGAUAAUGCAAACACAAAAUUAACUCUUCUGAUGUGUGCUCAAAUUAACUGCUUUGUGGAAACAAGGGUAAAGUGAAAACUCUUAAUACUCACGUAUUGGUAAAUUCACAUUUUGUUUUGCACAUUUUCUUUAAAACUGCAUCACAUCUGUAUAACAUGAAAUUGCAAAGUUAUUAGUGAAGCAGUUUUAUUGCAAAAAAAAUCAGCUUUGCAGUUACAAUGCCGGUUAAAGGGUAAAACACACAUUUUAUCAAUAUUAAUAAUCAUUGUAAUCAGUUUCUUUUUAGGCAGAAGUUACCCAGGGGGUUUGGCAUUGGUUUCUUCACAUUGUAGUAACUAGUGGGGAAUGCACAAGAGUUUAUUAGCAGUGUUUCCAAGUGCAACUUAAAACCUUUUAUAAUAUUUUCUACAUAACCUACUACAUAAUCUUUUUUAUCUGUGUGGGAUGUGCACACUAGGUGCUUUACGACCAUAUAACAUUACAGUGUAAAACACAACACUGUGGCUGUGCAACACUUUUGGGGUUUUCAGGAGAAUUAACUAUUAUUGGAAAUGUGUAACAAUCAUGUGUUCAGCUUUUUUGGCAGUGUUUUAUAAUUGUAAGGGUGGUCAGUUUCAAUACUUUGGAGAGUGUUAGUGCUGUGUUAUAAUAACAUGCAGAUCAUACUAUGUAUUAGCAACACUAGCUCCUCCUUCGUGUUGAAAAAUAAUGAGCAUGUUUUAAGCUGCACACAAGGAUGUGCUGGGAAAAUAAACAUUUAAUUGUCAGUAUUUUUUCCAUUAAUUUCCUACACCUAUUGUAGAACUCAACUCAAGUGCUUUAAAUUUAUGAACAUAACUGUGAAUUGUGGUGUUAUUGUAUUUGUUUGUAAGAACCAAUUACAAGCCUGAAUUGAGAUGUAAAGGGGAGGACCUCCUCUCCUGGAGUUAAGUUCCCCUGAAGUCAGUGGAGAACAAAAAUGUCUGUAUCAAAAUAUUGCCAUGAUUAUGUUAUAUAUUCAUAUUAUUUUCCUCUGUCCUUGACUAAGACGGCUGUGAAAAUUACAGAAUGGAAACCUUUCAUUAUAUUCCCACUUACAUUUCCACAGAAAGUCCCUCUCAGUUCAGUGGAUAAAUACCACAAAAAAACAUAAAAUUUCGAUCAUACGACUUGCUUCUUCUUCGGCCCAAGUGAAAACAUGAACAACACCACUCUGCCAUUGCGACCCACACUGUGGUCGAAGGUGGAACUGCAUCUUGAAUUACAGAAGCAAGGCGCUAUGUUUUAUUCUUUCAGUUAAAAACCUAUGUUGUAACAAAGCCUGUUUAUUUUCAUUUUUUUCACCAAUACAGGUCUGUGGUUUGCAUAAAGUUGUGGCACGCACAUUCCCUGAAGUCUGUUGUUGCAGUGCACAUAUCCCCAGGUACAGACCAGUAAUGUUUAGUUUCAGAUGUGGACAGAAGGUAGAUCUGACCUUUGAAGACCAUAAGACGUCAAAUUCAAGAUGGUUGAAUGUCCGACGGGUCUAAUGUUCAAAUGCAUUAAAUUUCAAACCAGACAGGGUUGAAAAACACUUUUAAGUUUCAUUUCUAACUAAUUUAGGGAUGCUGAUUCAUUUUGUGAUACUUCUGAGAUCUCUAUAGCUCAAUAAAAUAUGAUUAGAUAAUGCAUAGACAAGAUUUGUAUAAAAAAUCUGGACCCAUCGCCUGUUUUUAUGAGAGGGGGGUGCAGAACAAGACUGAAUAAAAGCACUGCAGUUUGAGAAAACAAGGCUGCUUCUGACAUUGUGUAAUCACCCUGAGGACAUGUAUGUACUGUUAACUGCUCCAACUGCCACUGCUGUACUCAAUGUACUAAUUAUAUAUUUUGGCACUGACAUUAAAUGAUCUCACGCACCUCUGGGUGGGGAAAAGAUCAGUAGCUUAUGUGCCAAAUACAGUCAUCUGCAAAUUUGAACAGUUUAUAAAUCGUAAAUAAAUAUAAAGUAAAUAAAGA